GUUUUGUUAUUAAUUAUGAAUUAGUGUUUUUUUUCUAUUAAUAAUUAUUUUAUAUUAUUUACUAGGUGUGGUUUUAUAUUAAUAAUUAUUUUUUGUUAAUUAUUAAUUAAUGUUUAUUAUUAAUUAUUAACUAUUGUAUUAAUUUGUAUUGUUUUAUUAAUUAUUAUAUUUUUACUAAUUAUUAAUUAUUAAUUUGUAUUAUUUAUUAAUUAUUGUUUUAUUAUUAAUUAUUAAUUUUUGUAUUAAUUUUUAUUGUCUUAUUAAUUUUUUAUUAUUUAUUGAUUAUUGUUUUAUUAUUAAUGAUUAAUUAUUGCAUUAUUUUUUAUUGUUUUAUUAUUUAUUAAUUUUUUACUAAUUAUUAGUUAUUAAUUAUUAAUUUUUGUUAAUUAUUAAUUAAUGUUUAUUAUUAAUUAUUAUUUUUUUUACUAAUUAUUAAUUAUUAAUUUGUAUUAUUUAUUAAUUAUUGUUUUAUUAUUAAUUAUUAUUUUUUGUAUUAAUUUUUAUUGUCUUAUUAAUUUUUUAUUAUUUAUUGAUUAUUGUUUUAUUAUUAAUGAUUAAUUGUUGUUUAUUUAUAGGUUUAGGGUGUAAUAUAAUUUUUUUUUUUCAGUCUUCUAAAGUUCCACGACUUUUACUGCCAGUGUCUGAACAUUACACUGGUCGUGUUACUUGGCGGGGCGGUAGUUACUAUUACCCCAAAGUAAAAGCCAAGUUUGUACAAAUGCAGUUGUUGGAAAGGGUGAAGGAGGAAUCCCCUUUCAACAAUUUUUUUGAGAGAGAGCCAUUAGCGUUUUCAGGUGCUCUUAUCCAUCAGCUCUUCAUGCAUAAGAUAAAAUCAGAUAAAGAUGAUGAGGUGCAUUUUUAUAUUGCAAAGAAGAGAUGCUGAUUCGGCCGAACUGAGUUUGCCUUGGUGACUGGGCUUAAUUUGUUACGUGGACCGACUGAGGCUGAGGUUUCGGAGAGGGCGACGUCAGACCGUUUGAUAGUAGAAUAUUUUAAUGGGGAUCCAUCUAUCAUCAUUGGUCGUCUGCGCAGCGUCUUUGAGAGUUGCACUGAGAAGGAUGAUUGUUACAAGUUGGGUUUGGUGCUGUUCGUGAUGGGUGUUCUGACUGGGAAAGAAGAGAAGACCCUGGUUCCCCCAUUUAUCAUUAGAAUGGUUGAGGACCUCCCUUUUUUCUACAAUUACCCGUGGGGGAAAAUUUCUUUCAACUUGUUGAAAGAUACUUGGAGUAAGGACUUCGUACAAAAGAAAAAGCAUAUGGAUGAGAAGAUUGUGAAGGGAACGACUCAGAAGGAGUCAAAGUAUUCGGCCUAUGGAUAUGUGCUGUGCAGCAUUUGGAUGCUGCUUUGCAGCAUUUGGUUGCUGCUUUCCAUAUGAUGAGGAGGAGGCAACACUUCUUCCCGGAGUUGUACCCACGUAAGUGUACUGUCAUGCCAUCUUGGUUUACCUCAUCGUUGAGGGGUCGGUGGGAUGCUUGGAAGAGCAAUACUGACCAUGAUGGUUUUGUUUGGGAUGAGUCCAUCUUGGAACUCCUUCGUGGGGAUCCAAACCAAUUUUUGCCUUCUUGGAAGGGUAUGGAGUGCAUAUACAUGGCCAUGUUCUUGAACGGACCGAAACAUUGGAUCGCUAUGGAGGUCAAUCUUGAGUUGUGGAAGAUAUUCCUCUUCGAUUCGAGUCUUGGAUCUCUAACGAAAGACGAACUGAAUUCGCUUAUGGAUGUGUGGUGCCCUUUACUAGCCAAAUUGGUGGACCAGUGUGGUGUAUGUGACACUCAUUACAUGGUGAUGGUCCCUCAAAUGACAGCCUCCGAAAGUCAGGUCAGACCCGUCGACUGGGAAAUAAUGGACAAUAAAGUUGUACCUCAGACAAAAUCGAGCGGCGAUUGUGGAAUGUACGUCAUAGAGCAUAUUGAGCAUAAGUUAUUGGAUCUACCAUUCGAUGGAGUACAUGAUCAGCAUAUGUCGCUCUUUCGCCAGAGAUGGGCAGUAGAUUUAUUCUACCAGAACUUGGCAUGAACUUUAGAUGUUUAAUUUUUUAUAUUUGUUGAACAAUGUUUACUUUUACACUUUUCAAUUUGAACAAACUACUUUCACUAAAAUUAUUUUAUUUUAUCAGUAGAACUUGUUUUUGGCUCA